AUAAACGAGGUCCUUCACUCUAUCCCAGAGUUCCCUCGCCGUAUUGGAAGCAAAGCUCUCUCUCUCUCUGCGCUCUGCAGCAGCAACUCUCUCAUCCUCAAACCAACCCAAACCCCAACCAUGGUGGCCGCCAAGAAGACCAAGAAGACCCAUGAGAGUAUUAACAACAGGCUUGCCCUCGUGAUGAAGAGUGGCAAGUACACCUUGGGUUACAAGACCGUCCUCAAAUCCCUCAGGAAUUCCAAAGGGAAGCUGAUCAUCAUUGCCAACAACUGCCCUCCUCUGCGUAAGUCUGAGAUUGAGUACUAUGCUAUGUUGGCGAAGGUUGGAGUUCACCACUACAACGGAAACAAUGUUGAUUUGGGGACUGCCUGUGGAAAAUAUUACAGAGUGUGCUGCCUCAGUAUAAUUGAUCCUGGUGAUUCUGAUAUCAUCAAGAGCAUGCCCGGCGACCAUUAAGCAAUGCAUUGUAGAAGUUUUAGAUUUUGGUGGCAUUUAUCUUGUUCUUUGGAUUGAGAGGCUGAAUGUUUUGCUUCAAGGCAAGCUUUUAUGUUGUUUAACUGGAAUGAUUUCGUUAGAACUAAGCUGCUUUGAUGGUAUUUUUGGUAGUAUUGUGUUGAGACCUAAUAUUUUAUAUUCUAGGCUGUAUUCGAACCAAAUUAUAUCACAAAGACGUGGGUCUUUAAUUUAUAUCCUGGCGUUUAUUUUU